CUGUUGUCUCAUUUAGUGAACUCUGAGUGCUAAAACUCUCAAACCUCUCCAAACACUCCCUAGCCUGUCAACCGCCGGCGUUCAACUGUCGUCUGUUUUUUCCGGUGGUCGGAAAUUGAAGAGAAUAGACAAUGCCCAACCUUAAUCUUUGUUUCUCCAAGUCAAAGGUUGAAUCAGCGCCGUCGAAAUCUACGUUACAAGAAACUCGAGAUCAUCACAGCCGUCCGUUUCUCAAUACCACCUUCAUCAAGAACUUCAACUCUCUCUACGAUCUCACCUUGGAGUGCACGCCCAAUUCCAAGUCCUUCGCCGCCGCAAGCGCCGCCGUACGCGGCGGCGCCGGAGCCGGUUCCGGCGGUUUUUCAUCCACCACCGACGAGGAAGAGGCUGAGUUGUCUUCGUCGGAAUCCAACGCCGCCGGCGAGACCGCCGCCACUCCCGACCUGGCCACCGUCCUAGCAUCCCGGCGGUUCUUUUUCUCGUCGCCUGGCCGGUCAAACUCCAUCGUUGACUCCUCCUCCGCCUCGUCCUCCAUAGCCUCGACCUCAUCAUCCUCCCCGACGGCGAACCAGCGGGACCCGGACGCACUGGUGGACGGGAGCGUGGCCAUUCCGACGAUCUCGCCGGACCCGUUCUUGGAUUUCCGGCGGUCGAUGCAGGAAAUGGUGGAGGCGCGGCAACUGAUGGAUGUGAGAGCCAACUGGGACCACCUCCAUGAGCUCCUCAUGUGCUACCUAACUCUGAACCCCAAAAGCGCCCACAAGUUCAUCGUGGGGGCCUUCGCCGACCUUCUUGUCAGCCUCAUGCCCCCUCCCUCGCCGGGGCCGCCCUCCGACCAUCUCCGGAAACCGGAACCCUCAUCAACCCGCGGUAAUAAAUGUAAGAUUAUUUCCCGAAAUUUCAUGUAAUUACUCGCAUUAUUAAUUUGUAUCAUCAAAUUACUCAAUUUCUUAUUGUAAUCUAUCCUCCAUUCAUCACUUCCC